CAUAUCUUAUUUGGUGGAACCGUCCUACUGAAUGAUUAGCAUGGAUCCCUUGCAUUCAUUGGUGCAGGUCAUUAUUUUAUUAGUUUACUGAAUUUCUAUGAACAAAGGGAGAAGUUUACCUCUAUAUUUCCUGAAAUAUAAAAGUCAAAUAAGUAUAUUUAAAGUCCUCUAUAUAUGAAGAAUUUGCACCAAAGUCUUCAUUAAUCUAUGGAGAAAAGUCUGUAUAUAUGGAUGAUCGCUUGAUUGAGGCCUCUCAACAAGGAGAUAUAGAUGUCUUGUAUGAAUUAAUCCGGGUAGACGCCCAUGUCUUAAGGCGCAUCGAUGAGAUUAUGUUUGUAGAUACGCCUUUACACAUUGCAGCUUCCUCUGGGCAUGCCAGUUUCGUGAUGGAGAUGAUGACCUUGAUGCCAUCAUUUGCCCAGAAGCUAAAUAAGUCUGGCCUUAGCCCCAUGCACCUUGCUAUGCUCAAUGGGAAUUUGGAGUUAGGACUCUCAUUUCUAGAACUUGAUUGUGAUCUUGUUCGUGUCAAAGGAAGGGGAGGCUAAACUCCUUUGCAUUUGGCUGUCAAGUACGGAAACAUCGAUCUCUUGGCUAGUUUUCUAGUAGCUUGCCCCAGGUCGAUCGAAGAUUUGAGUGUCCAUGGUGAAACUGCUUUGCAUAUUGCUGUUAAAUACAAUAUGUUGGAAGCUCUUGAAGGUCUGGUAGGAUGGCUUCAAAGAGUCUGUCAUGAAGAUGCCUUAAAAUGGAAGGUAAAGAUCCCAAACAGGAAGGAUGAUCAAGGCAAAACGGUAUUGGACAUUGCAGCAUCCCAUAAUCAACUCGAGUUCAUUAAGUUGUUGUCUGAAAUAAAUGCCCAGAAUUCUAAGGGCCGGCGUCUAUCAGCUUCGAGCACAAUCCAACAUAGAGUCAAAUUGUUUUUGAGAACGAUAGUUAAGAAAAUGCAAUAUUGCGGCAGAAACAGAGAUCUUUCGAAGGCUUCAUCACCUGCAUCUCGUAAAACUCUCACAAAUUACUUAAGGUCAAAGACAUCAUUUGAUGAAAAGUUUGCGGUUUUCAUUACUCGUCACAAGCUGAAGAUCUCCGAUAAUGCACGCAGUGCGUUGCUAGUGGUUGUUGGGCUGCUUGUAGCAGCGACUUUCCCGGCCAUAUUCAGUCUCCCUGGUAGUGUUCGGCAGGGUGACAAUGAGAACCCAAGUACUGUUGCUGUUACGAGCAGCACCGCUUCAGGGAGACCACCGCUUGCAGGGACGGUUGUCAUGGACUGGACUCAGGGACGUUCCUUUAUUUUUUGUUGAG